AUGUCAGAACGAGAAGAAGCAUUUCGCAAGGCUCGAGCACUCGGUGACGAAAGCAAAGCAGAUGAGGCAUUCAAUGAGAUAUCAAAAUACACAUCAGAUCCCGAAACCACUAUUUCUUUGUCAGAGAUGGAGGUUAUCAAUAUACUCAUAACGGAAAAAUUAACAAGUUGUUCAUUCGAUGACAAAAAGGACGCCUGCAACGUCUGCAUCGGUGUGCUGGAAAAUUUCAAGCCAGUAAAGGAUAGCCAGUGGCUGAUACUGUAUUCUGAGUCUGUUUAUGAGACGUUCAGCAGGAUGAGUCGAUGUGCACGGGACGAAGAGAGGCAGCUUGCAUGGAAUAGACUCAAGGAACUUAUGUACGAGUUGACGUUGGCUGCCAAGAAGGCUUGGAAGGAUAAAAACGAUCCCGAUCGUUUAUCUAUAUACGUGUCAUUCGCCAAGUUAUGCAAGAGCUAUCUCGAUGUCGCCGAUGACGAAUCAUUUAAGAUGUGUGAAACCAUGGCAAAAGAAGCGAAAUUUGUCGGUAAGGGAACGUUGAACGAUGAUCAAUGGAAAGAAGCAAACCAAUCCAUCGAGCAGAUCAAGAAAAUCAUAUCUGAUGCACUACAUGAACGCGAACUACUGGAUGACUCAGAAUAG